AUGCAAGUCGUGAAUAAAGAAAAUCUACCCCAGGGUGGUACCGGCCGUACCGCGGUCGGAGAAUCCACCCCGGUGUCUAAUGACACCGGCUGCCCCUCGUAUUCUGGGGGGGGCAAUUUACGCCUUGCGCCUUCGGACGCAAUUGUUGAUGCAGUAGUAGGAGACGAUGUGAUGGGAGACGAAGUGGUGGGAGACGAAGUGGUGGGAGACGAAGUGGUGGGAAAAAAUGCGGGAGAUGUUGUCGCACAGGUUUCAGACUCUGAAAUGAGUGUUAAGAGUGCCAGUAGCGGUUGCGGACAGUCCCGCUUCUUCAGGAAACGGCGGAACACGGAGAGCCCGGAAUUGAGUUCUGCGACGGAUGAGGAUAAUCCUCCACAGGCGCGCGCUCAGCGCGGUAAGAGAGGUAGAGGAAGACCGCCGACAACCGGCGAAUGUAUUGGCCUCGGGAAGGCAAGGGAGGCUCUUCAGGCUACUCGUCGUGCUGAGUUUCUGAAGGUCCGCAUCGGUGAGGAGGAUCGGCAGUUGGCUGAAGCCGCCAAAAAGGUGGCGGUCAGGAGUGAGAGGGCAGCGUCACGCGCCUCCACUCGGUCUGAGGCGGAAUUCGAGCCGGAAGACCUAACUGCCGGGUCUAUAGAGGAGAGGCUGAACAACUCUGUUGCGGCAAUAAGAGCGGUUGGGAAGAUGUCCAAAGGCCUGAAGGGCACCGCCCAGAAGACCCUCAAGGAUGCGGCAGCCUCAAUCGAAGACUUAGCACACGAACUAAUGGAGAGAUGUACCUCCAGCGAGACGCGCCGCUUGCAGGCGGAGAACGCUCGCCUAAAACAGGAGAUGGCUGACCUUCGUCAAGAGUUAGACGAGAUUCGAACGGAGGUCUACAAGUCGAGGCGCUCAGCUCAGCCUGAGACUGAAGCGUCACGGGACACGCCAGCACUGGAGAAACAGCUGACGAGUCUCCUUAAAGAAGAACUCGGUCGAUUCAGGGAAGAGGUCCUUACGAAAGUAAACUUUUUGGAGGGGAAAGUCCUCAGACCCACAUUGGCCUCUGACCGGGGCAGCAAAGGUAGAGCUCCAACUAUGGCCACGUAUGCCGAGAAGACAGCGGCCAGGCCGACUUUGGCAGAGACUCCUGUGGAACAGGUAUCGCAGGCGGUCGACAUCCCGCCCUCUCAGCCGAGUACAAGCACAGCCCCAGCUAAGACCAAGAAGGCUAAAAGGAAGAAGGCCAAGUCUUCCAAGACUGCACCUGAUGCGGCCGCGGCAGCUGCCCCACAGAAAGCGGAAGAGGGUGCCUGGCAAACUGUGGGUCAAAAGAUGUCCCAAAAGAAGGCCACUAGAAAAGAGGCCCAGAAGAAGAAACGGCAGGAAGUCAGGCUUCGCCCGCCCCGGUCAGCAGCGGUUGUUUUGACCCUGCAGCCGCACGCUUCUCAAAAUGGCGUGACAUAUGAGGAGGUGUUGGGUCGAGCAAAAAGUCAGGUGGAUACUGUGAGCUUGGGUAUCGAGGGCAUGCGGUGCAAGGUCACGGCCACUGGUGCCCGCCUCUUGCAGGUGCCCGGCAGUUCUAGUGGCCCCCUAGCCGACGCCUUGGCCGACAAGCUGAGGCAAGCCCUGAAUCCGGAGGAAGUGAAGGUCUCCAGACCUGUAAAGCGGGUAGACCUGCGAAUAUCUGGCCUGGAUGACUCCGUGACUAGGGAAGAGCUGACAGCAGCACUGGCCAAGGCUGGAGCUUGCUCUGAGCUGGACCUUAAAGUAGGCGAGAUUCGUCGUGCACCGCGUGGUAUGGGGACCUCGAUUGUAGCGUGCCCGGUGACCGUGGCUAAAAAGUUGGAGGAUGGCCGUCGGCUCCUAGUUGGCUGGGUGUCUGCCAGUGUUAAGCUGUUAAAGCAAAGGCCGAUGCGCUGCUACAGAUGCAUCACCGGUGAGCAUGUGGCGACGCAAUGCAAUUCUGUGGUAGACUGUAGUGGCCUCUGUUUCCGAUGUGGCAAACGAGGCCACGAGGCCAGGACGUGUUCUGCGGCGCCCCACUGCCCCGUAUGCGCGGAGGCCAACAAGCCCGCCGAUCAUGCAAUCGGCAGUAAAUUAUGUAAGGCAGCCAAUAAUAAGACGGGCAAGACACCCAAAAAGGCCCCAGCCUCUCGGCCUAAAAUACCCCCCACCGAAUCGUCACAAGGUGUGGAACCUUUUGAGAUGGAAUGUCCAUAA